AUUUAACUGUUAAUGAGAUCUACGUAUUCUCCUGUAUAAUUUUCAUCUUAUGCCUAUAGAUUAGAUCAUCUCCUUGUAAAUUCGAUAUUCCAAUUACAAAAUGUACAGAAAUACAAUAAAGAUUGGACUAUCAAUCAUGGAGUGAUGUCAAAAAAGGAAUACGUGAUAAAGUAUAAUCAAGAGUAUAAGGAUUUGAAAAUCAGAAAUUUAUUUAGAAGAGUGAUCUUUUGUAUAAUUUUAAGAACUCAGAUUAAAAAUUAUCAUCCUAAGCAUUAGCAUCACGAUCGUCAACUUCUUAUGUGAAAAAUCAUCUGGAAAACAAAUUUCCAAAAUAGGAAUCCCCUAUCAAAAUGGGUUUGACUCAUGCCAUCUAUUCUCCAAGUCAAAAGUAAUCAAACCCAGUUGAUGAUAUUAAACGAAGUAAUAUAUAUCCAUCUGCUUUUGGAUCCUUUACUGAAAAGGAUAAUUAUAAGACUUACUCAUCAAAAAGAGAUCUAAUGGGUGCCUUCAAAUCCAGUUCUGAUAUCAUCGAUUUUUCUCGAAAGAGUAAACCAAUAACAGAGAGAGUAUCUUUAACAGAAAUAAUUAAAAUCUCUAAUCACUUAUCGGAUCUAUAAUAAACAGACAUUUCAUCUUUGAGUAAUGGUUACCUUUCAGAAUUAGUAGGAUUAUAAUCGAACAUAAACAAACUAUUAAAAAAUGCUAAUAGCAAAUUCUACAAAUGAAUUAU